UAUAUAUUUAUUUAUGUAUUUAUUUAUUUGUUUAUUUAUUUAUACUAUUAAUUAAUUUUUGGGUGCUGCCAUUUGUUCCUACCGUCUAUUUCCUAAUCUUCUGAGGCAAUGAGUGAGCCCAUAUGACCGAUUUCCCCACUCCCUGAUUUUUUCUAAGGAUAUUGAUGUUUUUGCCAUUAUAAUUGUCAUUUAGGAUAAUAAUUGACUCCUAGAUGACACAGCACUUGUAGAGGCAUCUUUGUAUAAGGGUAAUUAAUACGCUAAAAUUAUAUUAGAUGUGGUAAGUAUUUUUGCCAUUCGGGGCCGGUAGAUUAAUUCUUUAACUAGUCUCCAAAAAUAAAAUACUUUCUUUGUUUUCUCUCCUAGCUACAGCAAUCUUAAAAUAAUAAUAAUGAUAAAUAAAUAAACAAAUAAAUAAUAAUAAUGUCAUAGUAUACCCCUUAAGCCUUUACAUUUUCUAUUGCAAACCUGUUUAUAUCGUAGUAACGUAACCGCUCAACUUGGAAAUACUAAGUGUAAACAAUGCAAAUUUAAAUAACGCAUCAAUCAAUGUUUCAGUGUUCCUUUUCCCCAAGGAAAGUGUAUUUUGUUGUGCCAAAAUGCCGUUAGAUCAAGAAUACGAAUCUUUCUUCGCUUUGAUCCUCGGCGAAGAGUUAGAUUCCGUGGAUAAUGCCCGUGAUAUUCUACACAGACAAGAAGUUCACAAAUCGUCAGCAAGUCAACAAAGAAAUCAUGUGGAAGUACAUUUCAAAGAUGUUCUUCCAAUAGUAAUAAAAACAGGAGAGCCAGUAAACAAGAAGCGUAAAAAAGGUGGUCGCAGCCAAGAAGAUUAUCUACAAAAGGGAGGCAUGUUGGCUUUUUAUGAUUUGAACGAUUUCCGUUCACACUUUGGCAUGACUCGAUCACAAGUAGAGGAUUUAUUGACUGACUUACAACCACACUACCAUUAUGAAAGAGGAUCAAAACUUCCCUUGGAAAAUGUUGUUCUAGCAAGUCUAUGGGUUUUGGCCAGUCAAGAGUCAUAUCGUGUAAUUGCAGAAAGAUUCAAAACAAGUAAAUCUGUGAUCUGUACCUCUCUUCAUCACUUUUGCACUCUUGUGUCUGCAAAUUUAGAGCACAUGAUAUCCUGGCCAAGUGGUAGCUCUAUAGGGAAAACUGUCAGAGGUUUCGAGAAUGCAGGAUUCCCAGGCACUUUGGGAGCCAUAGAUGCAUGUCAGAUUUCUAUCAAUAAACCUAAAGAUGUUGAAGAACCUGAGGCAUAUAUGAAUGAGAAGAAUGUUUACUGCACUACACUUUUAGCAGUGUGUGAUCAUGAGUGUAGGUUUACAUAUGUAAAUGUAGGUCAUCCAGGAACCUUUGAUGAUGCUGAUGUUUUUAGAAGAAGUGAACUGUAUGAAGCCUUCCAGGACGAUCCACACUCUCUCUUACCACUGGAGUAUCAUUUGAGUGACAAAGUUUAUUGUUACCACAUCCUUGCAGAUGCUGGUUUCCCCUUGUCCGAGACUGUUAUGACCCCUUUCGAUGAAACAGGAUACCAGACGGGAAAGGAAAGACUUUAUAAUAGUAAGCAUUUUUCAGGUUUCAUGGUAAUAUCUAAAGCCAUUGGCUUACUAAAAGGCAGAUUUAGACGUCUAAGAUUAUUACUGAUGCAGCACCUUGCACAGUGCAGUGUUGCUAUCAAAGCUUGCUGCAUUCUUCAUAAUAUGUGUCUAGAGAAUACUGACACAGAACCUGUGAAUAUUGAAGAAGAAGAUCUUCCUUUUCCCCCACGGAGACCUUGCAGUGACUACCAGAUAAACCUUGCAGGAGAAGCAAAACGUAAUGCAAUUGCUGCCUCAUUUAUGUAAUUCUCCAGUUUCCAAGUUUUAUAUUUAUGCAUUUAUUCUGUAUUUGAACUGCAUAGUGCUUGGCAAUAAAAGUUGAAAUAUGAAAAUGCAUUUUUUUUUCUUUCAUUUGUUUUCUUUCUUUCUUACUUACUGCCAGCAAGCUAAUCAGUAUUAUCUUCUCAG